AACCUUUUUCUUUCUCUCUCUCUUUUUUGUCAGUUUAUUAUUUAUAUGGAAAAAGCCUUUCAUUAUGAGCAGAGUGCGCAUCCAAUGUCGGGAGAUUCAGAGCAAUCAGCCAGCAGUGAGGAUUCAUCCGAAAAGACAGUGGGAGUAGAAGUAGGCGAGACACAGAGCAACGAGCCAGAUACCCUAGAACGCACGAUGAGCCAUACGGAUCAUGCAAUACAGAUUGUAGAUGGAGUUACUCGAGCAGAUAACAGACGAAGGCCUAGUCGAACAGGUGUUCUUUCGAACCUGCUGAAACUCGAUGUAUUUGAUAACAAGAUCGCUUCUUCCUCUCGCCCCACUCGCCCUACGCAGCAACUUCAGACCAUUGCAUCCAGCAGAGCCUUCUUGCAUAUGCUCAACGCCUCGAAUUCGGCUCGUAGUAGCAUGUAUUUGGAAGACCUGCAAAGAGCUGAAUUGGGUAUCCCCAAUGACGCUGCUAUCGCUGCUCAUCGAAUGGCCAUUGCGUCAGAGAUAGCCGAUAUUUUGCAAAGACAGGAUAUCAUUAUCAAGCUCGGCAAAUCGCUUGUCAGAACGGGGGCUCCGUCUCAUCGAAUUGAAGCGGCGAUGGAAAAGGUAAGCAAGCGAUUAGAUAUUGUUGGAAGUUAUGCCGUUUUGCCUGGCUUGAUUAUUGUCACCUUUGGUGAUGUGGAGACACAUACUUCCGAGACACAUCUUAUCCGCUGUUCGCGAUCACUCGAUAUCGGUAAACUAGAAAGGGCGUACCGUAUUGCGAGUUGUCUUGCCAGAGGCGAAACCGAUGUCCCCGAAGCUGCUGAUUUGCUCGAUGAUAUCCUCAAAGGUCCACCUACUUGGAAACCAAUAUCGAUCAUUUUGGCUUACGCUCUUUCGUCUGCUUGUGUUGCUCCCUUAUUUUUCAACGGAUCAUGGACCGAUUGCUGGGUGAGUGCCAUCUUUGGUUUAGCCGUCGGCGCAUUAACUUAUAUAUCCGAAAAAAUACCCAUGUUUAGUAACGUAUUCGAGAUGGCUAUUACUAUUCCCAUUGCUGUCAUCGCACUUGCACUACAUCCAUACAUAUGCUUUGCUGCCGUUGCCAUAUCUGCUAUUGUUAUUGCUUUACCAGGUUAUUCGCUUACAUGUUCCGUGAUGGAGUUGUCUGCUAGAAACCUUGUCAGUGGGAGUAUCCAUCUUGUGUAUGCAUUGAUCUAUGUCUUGUUUUUGGCCUUUGGUAUUGGCUAUGGUUGUUCUAUAUGGCGGCUAUCACAUCCAGAUGUUGACCUUAACGUGCUAGGCGCAUGUCAAAACAGCCUCAACCCCUACUGGACCUUUCUGUUUCUCCCGCUCUCGACGAUUGGCCUAGGCACAGUUUACGGCGCAGACGUUCAUCAGUGGUUUCCUAUGGUACUUGAUAGUGCCGUAGGUUAUUCUGUUUACUACUUUGUCGACAAAUACACCAAUUCCUCUGCCGUUAUUACACCAAGCGUAGGAGCAUUUGCUUUAGGGUUAUUUGGUAAUCUAUACGCUCGAGUGACAAAGCGUCUAGCCUUUGUCCCGCUUAUGGGUGGUACGAUUAUUCUGGUGCCUGGAAGUAUUGGUGUUAGAGGCGCUAUCAGUUUGUUUGAUGGAUCAAAUGUUGAAGGUGGAAGCAGUUUUGUCUUCCAAGUGCUCGGUAUUGCUCUAUCACUCACCCUUGGUCUGUUUUUGGCCAAUUUGGUUGUUUAUCCUAAAGGAAAGAAGAGAUCUGUCUUUUUAGGUUUCUGAUCGCUUGUUAGACUGAAAAUAAGAAUAUAUACCCCCUUGUUUUUCUAUCUUUUUAUUAGAUCGUUCUCUUAAAUUAUAUUACCACAUCAU